AUGCUCGACCCGCGACCACCCAUCCUCAGGCUUCCCGUUGAACUCUUGUCCUACGUCGCCGAGUACCUUGGACCACCAGACCUUGCGCGCGCCGAACCGGGGUGGUUGGUGUUUCCAGCCGUCUGUAGGCUAUGGAGGGACGUAGCGCACAGACUUCUUGAAUGGGAAUCCGGAGAGAUAGACGAGUGGACGGAAUACGCUCAAAUCGACCUUUUACCCCAACACUAUCUGGUGGAAUUGAACGCGCAUAUGACCACAUUGGGACAUCCGUCUACAACACUGUUGAGCGGCACAGUUUUUGGCGGUCAUGAGAGCAGCGCCUUCUGGGGCAUUCGUCCUAUCUGGACGGGUGGCGCCGUGGAUUAUGUUGAUGGAUGCCUCGCAGUCUUUACUACGGAGGCCGACGACGCGUCACGACACGACGUGAACACUUACCUCUCGCAGCCACUUUAUGGCCUCCGUUUCCCGUGGGUUACCUCUAUCACCAUCACCCUCCCGGGACCCGCCGUCAUAGACGAGCCGAAUUUCACCUUCGCAGACGCACCCUUCAUCGACGCGCCCGCUCUGCGCAUGCUGCAUCUCAUGGACUACGUACUCGACUGGAGCUGCCAUCAUCUACAGUCUCUCAACAUCGUCCUGCGCAAUCUCGAGAACGCGGAGAACCGCACUCGGUAUUGCUAUCCUCCUGCUCGCCUCGUCGAACUCAUGAGCGACUCACGACUCACGCUCGAAGACGUUAUACUGUAUAACUGCAUUCCUUCGGUGGAAGACACGCCCACGAUACCGGCCGUCUUCUUCCCGCGCGUACACGACGUUCUGCUCCACGGCGGCGUUGCCGAGACGUGGUGGAUCCGGCAGUCCAUGGCUCUACGAGCGCACGUCCAACCGACAUUCACGACGUAUCCGCACGUCCCGUGUGGCGAGGUCCUGCGCUCUUUUGCAUGGGAGUACGCCAAAUCGACGGUUGGCUGGCACGGAGACUCUGGCGAUGAUCACGGAUCGCAUGCAGCGAUUGGGAUGCUGUCCUUUCACAAAUCAACCUCGCCUCGCAUCGCGCCGGAUGAAUCGCGAUGCGUCGUCAAAGCAUAUGCCACGGGCGUGUGCGCGGAGGCCGUCGCAUCGCAGUUGAUCGUGGAUUCCGCCGGCAUCGAUGCGCCCGAGGGGGAAGACUCUCAACUUCAUUCAAGAUUCAGACCUGUCGCUGGCGGGGCGACCAGUGCCGUCCCCGAGCCAGUGUUUGUCGUCAACCUCCGCUGGAACACACACGCAUGGGAUUCGGCAGACGAUCUUCCUGACCGCCCCCAUCGCACCUCGCUCGCGAGCGUGACGGACAUCUUCGUCCACGAAGACGAAGGCGAGACUGAGAGCCUAUUUGCCGAAGACAUAAACGGCACGAUGACGUGGGCGAUGAUGCUCCUCCACUUCCCCACGCUACGGCACAUGCACAUAACGGCCGCCUCCGGCCGCUCGCUCUGGCCCGUUAGAGCCCCCGACGCGUUCUUCCCUACGCUCGAGACACUCUGGCUACGAGGAGCCGACUCGGCCUCGCCGCAUGAGCUGGACGUCCGUGAGCCGCUACUGAUUCUCAUCCGGCGACUCGGAGUGACAAGGGAGUUCGUGCCGGGAGGCGAGUUCACGAUACGGCUGGAGAAUGUGUGUCUUGUUGGGGAUGAGCAGUUGGUGAAGCAGUUUUGGGAGCUUAACGGGACGGGGUGGACAGAUGCAUAG